GGGUUGGAUGUGAAUCAAGCACUUAUCGUAGCCUCAGCAGCAGCAGGAGUAGCAGCAGCAGCAGCAGCAACGGCGAUGAAUUGUCACAAAAUUGUGCUUUGCUCUCGUCAGUUCAUUUUGUGCCGCUUGUGAAAGCGAAAGUCCCCCUGGAACGCAAUGCCAAUCGAUUUAUACUGUACGAUAGUAGCACCAUUCUGUCGAUCGGUGAUGCUGCUGGCCCGGGCACUAGGAAUCGAGUUAAAUCUCAUCGAAACGAAUGUUCUGAAGAGGGAACAACACAAACCGGAAUUUCUCGCGCUAAACCCGCAGCAUUGUAUCCCAACGUUGGUGGACGGUGACAUUGUGAUUUGGGAAUCGAACGCCAUUCUGAUGUAUCUGGCAGAGAAGUAUGGCACAGUGGACAAGAUGUACUACCCGAAGGAUAUCGGUGAACGGGCGCAAGUCAACCGGUUGCUGUUCUUUCAGCUCGGGACACUUCAUCGGGCUCUAUCCACCUACUACUAUCCGAUUCUGACGGGAUUUGGUGAAGGGAGACCGGAAGACUUUCGCAAAAUUCAGGACGCCGUUUCCAUUCUGGACAAAUUUCUCGAGGGGCACAGGUGGCUGGCGGGCGAACAACUGACCGUAGCAGACUUCAGCAUGGUCAUCAGUGUGGCAUCCCUGGACGGAGUGAUACAAUUUGACAUGACGGCCUACCGGAACGUAUUUCGGUGGUACCAACAGUGCAAAAAGGAACUGGAGGGUUUCGAGGAAAUGACCAGAGAAGCGGUUGCAAAAUCACAGGAAUGUAUCGAGGCGGUACGUCAGCUUAAACAGAAUGAAAUUAUACGAGCGCAUGAACAGCAAUGUGGCGGCAGUAGCAGUAGCAGUAGUAAUAACAACGAACCUUCGUGUACGGGUUAGAGAACUUA